CAACAAUCAAAACAACCAAAACGCAUACAUUCUUCCCGGAUUUACACAACAAAAAAAUUUCACACCUACACUUGUUCAGCUCAUCAACAAAAAAAUUAACAUGUAAUUUGCGGCAAUCCCCACAAAAAUAGUAGAUCCAACGCGACAAUUUUUGGGUUAAACAAAUGGGAUCGUACAGGGCGGACGAGGAUUACGAUUACCUGUUCAAGGUGGUGUUGAUCGGCGAUUCCGGCGUCGGAAAAUCGAAUCUCUUGUCCCGAUUUACGAAGAAUGAGUUCAGCCAGCAGUCCAAAUCUACGAUCGGCGUCGAGUUCGCCACGCGAUCCAUUCAGGUCGAUGAUAAGGUCGUUAAGGCCCAGAUUUGGGAUACCGCCGGCCAAGAGAGGUACCGUGCAAUUACUAGUGCAUACUACAGAGGUGCAGUUGGGGCUCUACUCGUGUAUGAUGUCACGCGCAAUGUGACCUUUGAGAACGUGGACAGAUGGCUGAAGGAGCUCCGGGGGCACACGGACUCAAACAUCGUGGUGAUGCUAGUAGGGAACAAGGCAGAUCUCCGUCACCUACGCGCCAUCUCCACAGAGAAGGCCAAGGCCUUUGCAGAGAAGGAGCACACAUUUUUCAUGGAGACUUCGGCCUUGGAGGCCUUGAACGUCGAGAGUGCCUUCACGGAGGUGCUCACAAAUAUCUACCACGUCGUGAGCAAGAAGGCCCUCGACAUAGGGGAUGACCCCUCGGCUCUGCCAAAGGGCCAAACCAUCAACAUUGGGAACAAGGAUGAUGUAUCUGCUGUCAAGAACAGCGGCUGCUGCUCGGGCUAGUUAUGAUCAAGAGGUAUUGGUUUUGGUAAGGGAAACAGUGAAGCAAUCUUGGGAGAUGUAUAGUAAGUGCAAAACCUUUCAAUUUUUUAGUUGUUUGGUUGUGUGAACAAAAAUGGGAUUAGAUUCUUCAGUUCUUGAUUGCAAAAAUGGAAGAAGAAAAGAUUGAUUAAUUAUCGUUUUCUAGAUCUACAAUGAGAGGAUGUGGUAUUUCUUGAUUGAUUCA